UACGGCCCGCAUAGAAUGACUGUGGGCCCGGGGCAUUGCAGGAGAGGUAUAAAAGAGGCCCCAUCUCCUCACUCUCUCAUCCACUCCUCUCACCUCCAUCUGUCUGGGAACAAGGUACACCUCCUGCCCCGAGACAUGUCCUGCUACAACCAGUGCCUGCCGUGCCUGCCAUGUGGACCCUGUGGCCCGACUCCGCUGGCCAACAGCUGCAAUGAGCCCUGCGUCAGGCAGUGCCAGGACUCCAAUGUCUUCAUCCAGCCCUCUCCCGUGGUGGUGACCCUGCCCGGCCCCAUCCUCAGCUCCUUCCCGCAGAACACCGCCGUGGGAUCCUCCACCUCCGCUGCUGUUGGCAGCAUCCUCAGCUCUCAGGGAGUGCCCAUCUCCUCCGGAGGCUUUGGCCUCUCUGGCUUCGGCAGCCGCUACUGCGGCACAAGGUGCCUCCCCUGCUAAAGCUGCUGGUGAUGGUCCUGGAGAAAGACCCCCAGGGACCCAGAAGUUGGUAGGUGGCAGAUGAACAGCUGGUGGUAUGUCUGGCAUUGGACAGACUCUCAUCUUCCCCCAGUGCUUCCUGCACUGGUGAUUACUCUUGGAGGGACCUUGUUUCCUUCUGACUGAUUAAAAUUCUGCUACAUCCUA